AUGCCUCUGAUACGACCAACCGCCUUCUCGAGCCGCGCCGCCCAGUUGGCUCUCACCUCGACCCCUCGAUCCCUCAUCGCGCGCCGAGCUCUUUCCACCACACAACAACUGCGCGGCGGCGCCUCACACGACGACCACUACGAUCCUCCGGGCGGUGUCCUCUUCGGCGUCAAGCCGGGCGAGAAGUACAAGGAGGAGGGCUGGGAGAACGUGUUCUACUGGGGUUUCUUUGGCAGUUUGGCCUUCGGCAUCAUCGGCUACGCAUACAAGCCCGACACCAGCAUUCAAACAUGGGCCCUUGAGGAGGCCAGGAGAAGACUCGAGGCCGAGGGCAUCCUUGCCGACCCCGAGGACGAGUAG